GGGUAAGCUGUGGAGGGGGGAAGAGACGACUGUACGGCAAGAGAGCUGGGCACAGUGACACACAAAGGGAUAUUAAGAGUUGUGAUCAUGGGCAUCAAAUUGUAUUACACCACUGUUACGGCUUCAAGGGAGGUGAAGUCCCAGCAAGCAGAGGUCAUGCGUAUCCUGGAGAGCAAGAGCAUCCAGUUUGAGCUGAUUGACAUCUCUGUGGGCGGGUCUGUGCGGGAUGAGAUGAGGGCCAAAUCUGGAAACCCUACCGCCGCACCUCCCCAACUAUUCAACGAGGACGAGUACUGUGGGAACUACGAGAUGUUUGCAGCGGCUGUGGAGGCGGACACGGUGGAUGAGUUUCUGAAGAUGGCAUGAGAGCUGCACUUGGUAGCAGUCAACCCCCCCACCCCACCCCUACCCCCAUCAUGAAAAAAAGGAGGCCCGUCCUCAACCCCUCUGCCCCGCUGGCGGUGCCCCCCCCCCCCCCCCCCAUACACAUCCCCCCUUCAUCUCAAUGCCAUGAUACAUGCCAAAAACCAACCACUCAAAAAGCACAUGUUUGCAAUCCCAACACACAACACAAUCGGUUAAAUCACCGAACCACUUUUGGAAUGGUUGUUAGUAUAUUUUAUAUACUCAAGCUUUUUUUUCUCUCUCUCUCCACUUCCCCCUUUUUUUGUGUUGUAUUUCCUGUCUGGUACUUCUGCUGCUGAUGUGUGUGAUGUGUAUAUGUCACUAAUCUUAAUCUUAUUGGGAUCAAUUGAGUGGUGAGAUGUGUGGGUCAACUAAUCUUGAUUGUGGCCACAUGAUCACCUCAGAUUAACCUAAUCUGGCAAACAAGGGAUCUUCAUGAUCUUUAAUGGACCAAACUUGGGGGGGAAAAAAUUAAGGAUACUUAAUUAAUUAUCAUUGUAGUCCUUACUUUGAUUGUGGUUUAUUUUGAUGGCCUUCAGAUUCCCAUGUUACUUCACCAGGGAAGAUGUUUUCGGAAAAGGUUACCACCAAAUCAGUAUGCCUAGUUCAUCUUGAUUCAGUCGUAAAUAUUUAACAAACCAAGGCUGAACAAAUACAACAUAACAAUGUCCCGAGCAGACAAAAUGAUCCAUUGGAGGAGUGCAUGGUUAUAUGUAACUGUACUCUAAAUCAAUGAUAAAAAUGUUCUUUAUGUAUUUUCCAAAACUGCAACUCAGACAGAUUUCAAAGCACAGGUACCAUAUAGUGUUCAAUGUUAAAGCUUGGUGCCAAUCAAAUACCACCAAAGAAAUAUGUUUUCCACCUGGAUAUCUUGACCUCUAUGCUGGGCCCAGUUUCUCUUAGAGUGACUACCCAGAAAGUAUCUUAAAACAUACAUCUAAACUUAGAUAAACUAGAUGCUUACUUCCUUUUCUGGAAAGAAACAUGCUUUCAUGACUGGUUGGAUUCUGCUCCAUACACCACAGGUAUAACAGUAACUAAUCAUCUCAUCACAUAACAGAAUGCAGUGAAUAUGACUAUGCACUGAAAAUCUGCUCAGUAUUUAACCUCCACUAUUGACAUGCUUUGCAUUCUGGGAUGCCGAACCAGAUGAGGUCAAACAUGUAUUUCACUUUGGACCACAGGGACAUAAAAACCUAGCCUUACCUGGACCUCUCUACAUGGGAAACUUGGAGGCCUUGCUUGUGAAUAUAUAAAGAGUCUGGUAUCUCUCAAACUCAUGUUUGCUCUGUGUCUCUAUAACUCUUUGAGCCAAUCUAGAUGUUUUUUUUUAAGCUAGAUAUACUAAAAUGCACUCAUCAUCUUAACGCUUGUGAAAUAGAUAUGUGUGCAUGAAGAUAGAAGGAAGAGAUUGCCAGAUGACAAAGAUAGUUGGUUCAUUUAGUUAGCCUUAGAAAGGCUUCCCUUGUCUCGAUACUCCAGUCUUACACCGUCUACCAUGUCUUAAUGUCUCUGAGCUUCUGCUAUGCUUGGGACCAGCGCCCCCCUUUUGGCCAAAAACAAAAGAAAAUAUGGAAAGAAAUACUGUUGUCUUCCAAGAAGAUGGUGAAACGGUGACAAAAUGGGUAAAAUAAAAUGGAAAAAAAUGUGUACUGAA